UUAAGUUCGGGUUAGGUGUUUGUUGUUGUGCUGCUACCUCUUGUAUUGUGUACAGGAUAUUCCUUGUAGAUUGUUAAAAAUAGUAAUUUAUGAUUAAAAACUAUUUACCUCUGUUUGUAUUUCCGUGAUUUUUGAGUGCUCAAGCCUCACGAACUCUUUAAUAUGAAUUAUUUAACGAAUAUAAAAAAUGUUGUUAAAUUGAGCCAACAAGAUCUCCACAAUCCUGGCAAAACGUCCUGGCAUGACCAGUACAAAGAUAGCGCCUGGAUUUAUAUCGGAGGGCUCCCAUUUGAUUUGACUGAAGGAGAUAUCAUAUGCAUUUUUUCGCAAUAUGGUGAAGUGGUUAAUAUCAAUCUUAUCAGAGAAAAGGAUACUGGCAAAUCCAAAGGGUUUUGCUUUUUAUGUUACGAAGAUCAGAGAUCUACAAUUUUAGCAGUAGACAAUUUGAAUGGCAUCAAAGUUUUGAACAGGUCGAUUCGGGUAGAUCAUGUGCAGAAUUAUAAGGUUCCAAAAGAUGACAAAAAGGCCACCAAUGAAACCAAAAAAUUACAUGCAGAAGGUUGUGCUCCAACUCCAAAACCAGCUACAGUUCCUGUUGCAAUGAAAAAAGAAAUUCCUGAUCAGGGUUAUUUUAGAGAAACUUUAGUGGAUCAAAUAGAAGGUGAAAUAAAACUGCCUGCUAGAUUGCCGAUAUAUGUUAAACAAGAAAAAGCUUCGGAUGAUGAAAAUGUUAAAAAAGAGAAAAAACAAAAGAAAAAUAAAAAGAAAAAAUCCAAAAAGGAUGCUUCAAGUAGUGAUUCAGAGGAUGAUAGGAGGUCUAGAAAAAGAAGGGAAACUAGUAAGGAUAGGAAUAAAAAGAAGAGAAAUGAGAGGCGGGAUAGUAGUGAGGAAAAAGUCAAAAGGAGAAAAUACGAGAAAGAGGAUAAAGAUAAUUCAAAACGCAGAGAGAGGUCCAACAGUAAAGAAAAAGAUGAGACGACUAAAACUUUCAGAAGAGAGGUGCUUCCUAAUAUUCCAAAAAGAUGGCAAUAAAUAAAUGACACAUUGUUCAAAUAUAGUUCAGUUUAUUUUAGACAAAUAUUGACACAAAGUUUAAAAUACAUUAUUGAGAAAUCACAUGCUGAGCAAAAAUAUUCAGGAAAAUAUAAAAUCAAAUUUUAAAAUACAUACAUUAUGUUUAUAUAUAUAAAUAUAAAAUUCCAUUAGGAGAAAAGUGAAAAAAAUAAUGAGUUUUCAUUUUUUUUUCUACACAUUGGCAAAAGAGGAAACGAAUAGACACCAUUCGCACUAACUAACAUUACCAAUUGAAUCCGCUAUAUUAUUUUCAUAGAAAGGUUAAUAAGGUUAAAACUAUGGUCCUUAGAAGCCUAGCUAUUUGGAUAUUUUUAAACCUCCCUGUAUCUAAUAUAGUUGGUCCUAUUUUUUUAAAUUACAUACUUUUAUUAUUCCUCUAUUAUUAACACAUUUGUGUAAACAGUUUCCUAAUUCUCUAAACCUUUAAACUUUUAACAAAACAAAAUAAAUAGAUAACAAUCAAGAUAAAAUUUAUAUUUUUCUCAAAUACUAUUUGGCUGCCAAGAGGCAAGUCUAAUAAAUUGGACGCUAUAUCGAUAUUUCAAAAAUUGAUACUAAAUCGAUCAAUCAAAAAACACCCCUGCCCUUCCUCACCCGUAAAGUUUCUCCAAAAUAGCUGUAGGGGCGUCUGCGCUGUAUUUUGAAAUUUGCCUUAGAAGAGCAAACUUUUUCGUAAUGCCUUUUGAGGACUCCAUAUCGUACAGAGUACAUAAAUUGAGAAUUAACGACUCGUGUAGAGCAUGCAUAGGAUUGGAAGCAAUAGCCGACUCUAGCACUGCUAUAGCUUCUUUUAGAUGACCUCCGUAGAGCAAGCAAACGCCCAUGUUGUUGAGAAUCUGUGAACAAAUUUGAGAAUUCUUAGUAAGAAUACAAGAAUAGUGAAUAAGAGAUUUUAUUAAAAAAAAAAAAAAAAUGGCUGAAACUAUUCCAAAAGCUGGCGACCCAUUGACAGCGUAAAGAAGCGCCAGCGACGCGGGUUAGAACAUGUGGCGGAUAUGAUACAUUAAAGGCUGGUUCUUAGAACUAUGUAGUGUUGCCAAGGCACUCCCCCACCACCCUGUAGCUCUAAAACUAGCAACACCCAGAUGACCAUGACAGUGUUCCUGGCCGGCACACAAACAAAAACAGUGUCAAAUGGUGUGGUUGAAAAAUUUCAACGUCAUUUCGCUAUCGGCGACACAUGCGUGCCACAAUUCCCCUCAUUUAGGAAGGGAUAAAAGGUAGUGACGUCAGCCGCUUCUAAUUGGUUAAACAAAAGUAUGGCUGGCGACACUACCUACAUAGUUCUGAGAAAUCGAAUUCCGAAACGUUAUAAUCUUGUUAAAAUCACAUUUUCAACAUUAAAAAUCAACUUUUCUACAUUUGAAAUCGACGAAAAAAUUAAGACACAAUAAGCACAGCCUGAAUCGCAAGCAUCCCAUCAAGGCCUGCGGGUGACGUCACAACUAUAAACGUGAAACUGCUGAUAGUGGUGACGUCACUCGCAGGCCCUGCCGCCUCGAAAAUUGGCAAACGUACGCCUUAUGAGGAUGAGCAAUCCUGUUAGUUCAUGAUUGUUAGCUCCAAAGCGACAAAAUUUCUAUUAUGGUCCUAGGUCCUUCUGUGUCAGUUAUUGACAAAAAGUUCAAUUUAUAUAGACUGCAUAAGGAGAAACAUGUUUCUCUUUAGAGGCAGCACUUCGAGACACGCGUUCAGCGGCGCUCGGCAACAGCCGCUUUUUGUCAGCUGCUGCCGAUUUCGCUAGGCGGUAAAAAUUCAGGCUUACGGACUCAACUUAUGCAUGAAUCCCAACGAUGCGUUCAGGAAAUUUACAUUCGCUUGUAUCAACUGUCCUCAACUGCUUUACGCUGCAAGUUAGCAGCUGAGUACUGGUGAACGUACCCAAUGAACAAGAUGAUGAAGUACAAUCCCUGUUAUUGCCGGUUGACAAACUAUCGAAAAAAAAACUAUCGAUAGUGAUAUCGAUAGAAUGGCUUACCUAUCGAUAGUAACUAUCGAUUGUACUAUCGAUAGUUUUCUCUGACCAUAGUGAACAAAUUUGUAAUUAAUUACGAAAUAAAUUUAUUAAAUGACAACAAUAACAUCAUAACCUUUAAAUAACCAUUAGGCUGAAGACAGAAUGACAAAUACAAGGUACAAGAGACAGAUACAAAAUAUCAAAAAAUCGAAAUUCUGUAUCGUGGAGUGGCAAGUAAAUUGUAUUGUGUCCAUUUAAUCUGUUAUCGUCACUCCUCCUAACCUAAAAAUUGGCAGCACCGCAUGUCUAUCCCUAAAAAUAAUUACAGAUUUUUUAAAACAGCUACAGAUUUCUUUAUAUUUCCCUCAAUUCACAGAUGUUUUCAUUUACCUUUGGCUACUUUGGAACUAUCGAUAAUGGUACAGGUCUAUCGAUACUAUCGAAAAUUAAAAAAAUAUCGAUAGUAUCGAUAUUCCUAUCGAUAGUUUGUUAUCCGUAAAAUAUUGCCGUAAGUAUAGCUGAUAAGCUCUUUUUACAAAUAGGAAAAAACGGGUGUCCCACUUUUCAUGCUCACGACUGCACAUAAUUUAAUGGAUAAAAUGGAAUAAAAUCGAUUAUCCCAAAUGUGAAAUAAACUAAACGAAUAUGGAUUAUUAACCCUUAAUCCACUUUAUCCGGAUAUAACACGUGAAAUAAGAAAUAAAAGUAUAUAGUGUCCGUGCAGUGAAGCUUCAUGCAGCAGAAGUGAGAAUACUCCUUAAGGUAGGCGCAGAUCGAUGCGGGAGCGGGAAUGGGAGCGAUGUGUAGAUGCGGCAACGGUGGGAGUUUGCAUAGCAUGCACACCAUGCGAUUUUUCAGUGAUGGUUUCCGCCAUGCUCUAAACACCUGGUAGCGUCCAAACAAUACAAAACAUCACCAAACCACACCAAACUAUACGAACUGCGGGAAAACACUGCAUGCUGCGAACCAAAAUUCAUUGGCAGACAUCCCGCAAAUCGCACGUAUUCUCUUCGUACCGGUAUGCACUCCUUCAUAUCCCACCGUUGAUUUACGUCCCGCAAAAGUUUCGUUCCCGCUCCCGCAGUCCUGCGUCGGUCUGCGCCUGUUAUAAAAUACCUUUAUUUCGAUUACAGAAUCCAGAAAUGUAAUAAUAUAGCGUGCACUUCCGGCAAAACCGGAAGCGACAGUCAAUUCUUUCCAUACUGAAAUUCUGCUUCGAUAUGAACAAUAAACAUCCCCAAAAUUUAAAAUCGAUAUCGAUUUAGCCUAAGAUAGAGCUUGGAGCUUGGUAGUAAUCUCGUGGUCACCCGGUAUAAUAGGUCUGUUCCAACCAAUGUUCCAACAAGUCAAAAAUUGUUCCAUGAACAGUUUUGAAACCACUCUAGCUGAGUUCAGGAUGGCCCAACGGAGCUUGAGUAGAGUUGGAGUGGCGUUUUUUUAUCACGUGAACAAAAAGCUUUUGGAAUGGAUUAGUGAAACCGAACGGCGGUGAUUUGGAGUUUCCCUUAACCUUGCCCUAAGAUCUGACAUUAUUUUAAAAGCAAACGUUUUUUCUUGUGUCUUUUCUAUGAAUUUUUGGUAUUUGGUGGCUAUAUUUAAUUUCGUUAAGGACGUUCAAUUCGGAAACUUGUCUGAAGAAGUCAUCAACAUCAACAUUGAGAAUUUCAGUGAAAUUACGCGUUGCUCGCAUGUCAAACAAGCAGAGUAAAAUCCAUUCCAUCCAUUAACCAGUAGGUGAUAACAGAAAAUAUUGAUUUGUUGACUGUCGAUUAGUCGAAUAGUCGAUUGUCGCAAACAAAAAAAAUAGGAUAGAUGACAGCAAAUCACGAAAACGCACACACUGCGCAUGCCCGCUUUGGCGCUUGUUGAUGACGAGGCGGUGCUUCCAGAUUCAGCUCUUUUGACUCCUGCAGAUCCUUCCCGAAAGAACGUGGCGUUACUCUUUUACCUCAAAAUGUAAGCAAUACCCGAACGCAUCGAGAGUGUUUACUGCACUUGGAGUUUAUCGAACAGUCAUCCCGAACCCACUUUCCGUAUAUAAGUUUUGGAUUCUACGCAUAAUUUUAGGUUUUCCGUAAAGUUAAUAGGUUGUCUAAUAAUGGGUAAGUUGAUGACGUAUCUGGGGUGCCUUAUGGAGAUUUGCAUUAUGUUGAGGCACCCCAGAUGACGUCAUAAAGUUAUCAGGCAACUUACCUCUCUCAAAUACCUUGGGUUUUCCGCAGAAAUUGACGAUACAAUUACGGUUUGCUGCUGAGUUGGAACGGAACAAAACUUAUAUGUAUAUUCUUAAUGGCAGCAAGUUCCCCAAAAUUUUGUAGAGGGCGCGAGUGAACUUGGGGUGCUUUCUAUUUUGGCGGAAAAUGUCAAUAGUUUUAAACCCUUUAAAUGAGUAGGUAUAAGGAAAGAUGACUACAUAAUGAACAAUGGACAGUGAAUAAGUUUAAAUAUCUUCCAAAACAUUCAGUGGCCCUUAGAGAAUAUUUUUAAAAGUGUCAGCGUCAGCUUGUCUUGAAACCACACUUAAACCACACAUCAAACUUAACUUUUGAUGUUAAAACUACAAUCGAUUAUUCACGCGCCAAAAUUUAAAGAGCUCCAAGUACAGAAGCGCCCUCUUCAACUCAACUCUCAAUAUUACAUGUCUAAAGCCGUGUUCGGCAUCUUUUUCGUCUAUUUGCUCCGAGAUAACCUGUCCAGGGGCCUUAUUCUGU